AUGUCAUUACUCCUCUCUGGGUGGCCGGAAAAUUCGGAAUCCCGUCAGCGUAUGCUGGAAAGUUCAUCUAGCGCCAAUUUUCCGACCCAUUAUGCUUACCAGAAGGUGACUAUUUUGCAAAUUGGUUUUGUAUUAGUCUUUUAUCCAUUCCUAUUUUCUGUUUUUUUUUUGUUAGAGAGGGAAUGGCGUUGUGCUUUUUGCGUGGGUGUGAUGGCCAUCUACUGGAUGACUGAAGUGUUGCCGUUGGCCGCCACGGCUAUGCUUCCAGUGGUUUUGUUCCCAUUGACGAAUGUAAUGGAUUGUAAGGAAACAGCACAACAAUUCAUCAAUGAUACAAACUUCUUAUUCAUCGGUGGUUUGAUAAUGGCAGCAGCAGUGGAGAAAUGUGAUUUACACGAACGGGUCGCUUUGGCUGUACUGAAAAUGGUCGGUGGAGAGCCAAAAUGGAUUAUGCUCGGGUUCAUGACCGUCACGGCUUUGUUAAGUAUGUUCAUCUCGAAUACGGCAACGACAGCAAUGAUGGUACCCAUUUGCCAAUCGGUGAUCGGCCAACUUGUCGCUUCAUACAAUGCUCAUCCGGAAAAUGGAGUCCGUGAUCGGGCAGCAUGUAAGCGGAUGUCAACAGGAUUGAUGCUGAGUAUUUGCAUAGCUGCCAAUAUAGGUGGUACUGGAACGAUCACUGGAACUCCAAGUAACCUGGUUAUGAUCGGAUCGUUAAACAACUUGUAUCCGGAGAGCAAAUCAUCAAUGAACUACAUCACAUGGCUGCUAUUUGCAUUCCCGUUGAUGUGCAUAUGCCUAGCAGCCGGUUGGCUCACUCUCACCCUGUUUUUCCUGAGAAAUGUACCCGGCAAAGACGAACAUGUCACCAGGCUCAUGCAUAAACGAUACGAUGAUCUGCCCAGAACAAGUUACGCUGAAAAAUCUGUUCUAUGCUGUUUCUGUGUGUUGCUGGCUCUGUGGAUAUGUCGGGAACCAGGAUUUUUCACAGGCUUCGGUAGUUGGUUUCCAAACAACUGUUACACGGACGCUACGUCAGCUAUGAUUGUCGCCAUUCUUCUCUUUGCUUUACCAAGUGAAAAACCAGACCUAUGUACGUAUAAAACUAAGGAGGAAUUGAAGAAGACCUCCCGUCUCAUGGACUGGCCUACGAUACAGAAAUCAUUUCCAUGGAACGUUGUAAUGCUGUUAGGAGGCGGUUUUGCCUUGGCUCAAGGUGUUCAAAAGUCUGGUCUGUCCGACAAAAUUGGUAGUUCAUUGACAACGCUAAACCAUCUUCCACUGUGGUUGCUACAAUCAGUUACGAUGGCCUUAGUGAUGACCGUAACGAACUUCUGCAGUAAUACGGUCACUGCGACGAUAUUCGUGAACAUCGUCGCAACUGCAAUGGAGCGACAUCCAUUCAUCCUCAUGCUACCGACAACCAUGUCCUGCUCAUUUGCUUUGGUCCUGCCUGUUGGAACUCCGCCAAAUGCUAUCGUAUUUGGAUCGGGAAUGGUGAAAGUCACUGAUAUGGUGACCGUCGGCAUUAUGAUAUCUCUGGAAUGUCUCAUUUUGACCAGCACUUUGCCGUGUUCGUGUGAAUUUCUAUAUUGUAGGCAGCAAUUUCUCAGCUGA